AUGAAAUCUAUAGUUCUGGUUUUCAUCGUUGUUGUGGCUGUUUAUGCAGUUGACAGUGGCUCCGAGCAGUUGCUCGAACAGGCCGAAUCGGGCAUAUUAGAACCCCCAGUGGCGGUAUUGGUUGGGAUGGUCGGUAAACCAAAAGAAGAAUUGCAACAACAAGAGGACGAAAGCGAUAUCGUUCAGAGUUUCAAAUCUGCUAUAUUAGCCGUACUAUUGCGUGCGAAGGAAAGUACGAAGGAAGUACGUACAAAACGAAGUACAGAUGAAAAAACAGAGCGUCUAACAGAGAUUGAUGCACUUGUGGAGAAACUUUGGGCAGAUAAAGAAAACCAAGCAAAUGGGGAGGCAAAAACAGAUGCAUCGAUUGCUGAACAGAAGGAAGAGCACAGCAGCACUAAACAAGAGGUAACAACACCAAGGAAAAACGGCCCACAUCCUCGGUUUGAAAACAGAUCCGAGUACACUCACGAUAGACGAAAACUUGAGAAAAGUAAGCACGAAAGGAAAAAUGAAAAGAAAGGCAAUCGGAAAACCACCCCGGUUGUGCGAGACGAAGUCCAUUCUGACGAACACGCCGUUGAUGCAGAGAAGCCUAAGAACUCCAAACCAGUAAUCGAGGAGACUGAAGAAAGAAAGCAUUACAGAAUCCCAAACCACAAGAUGAAAAUCCCGAAGCAUAAAAAAGAAGAAUCAGACGAGGAGACUGAUUCUACCGCAAGUGUUCCGAAGGAUUCACCCACCGCUGAGCUCCAUAAGGAAUCGGCUCCUGUAGAACCUGUUACCGUAGAAAGUGAGCAGGCAAUAAAUGCUCCUGAGGAAUCUUUUAUUUCUGAUUCUGCUUCUCCUGCUUCUCGGGUCCCUGCCGCAGAUCUUGCCCCUAUUGUUUCUGAGGAUUUUGCUCCUCUUGCUUCUGCGGAACCCGUUCCUAUUGCUUCUGAGGAUCCAGCUCAUGCUGCUUCUGUGGAUCCCGCUCCUGCUGCUUCUGUGGAUCCCGCUCCUGUUGCUUCUGCGGAUCCCGCUCCUGUUGCUUCUGCGGAUCCCGCUCCUGUCCCUACUGACGAUUUGGCACUUGUCGGCUUAACGGAUUUCGCCACUGUCCUCCCUGCGGGUUCUGCUACGGCUGCUUCCACUGAUGUAUCUGAUGAUUUUGCCCAGGACGAAAUGACAGUUAAUCUUUCCGAAGCGAUAAAUCUCGAUCAAGCUCGCCUUAAACGACACGUUGCAACAGCCGAAAGCAAAAUAAAUAAAAGGACAGAAAAACCAAAACAGCGUAAGCCUACAAUUGUUCCGGAUCUUCUAAUUACAAGUGCUGAGUCUGCUGUCCCCCAGAAGGAAAAAUCACACAUCGAAAACAAGAACAAAACAUCGGGAGAAGAGCGGGUGAGUCCAAAACAUGGAUCCCCAACGAAAAAAACACAUCACAAUGAAAAGGAAGGGGAAGAAAAGAAAGCGAAGUCACAAAAGAAAGAUGAACAACAAGGUCAAACAGUUGGCAGACAUGCUUCUGUUAAGGCAACACAAAAUGGUGAUGCUAACGUUCGCACUCACGCUCGCGUUACCGACAAGCAGCCACCUGCAUCGUCGACUGGUGACAAGGGAAAGGUAGGGUCAGGAGGAGAGAUCCACGCCAAAAAUCAGCAAACGAAGUACAGUACUUUUGCAACCGCAAGUCCCAAAAACGUGAAAACUGGUGACAAAAAGGCUUCAGCAGCAAGUGCUCGUGAUGGCGUUUCCAAAAAAGGUGAGAUACCAGUUGCACGUGAGCCACAGUCUUCUGAUUCUACUACGAUGCCUGCUGCUUAA